UGGAGGUUGUUAUUUCCUCCGAAGUGUGUCUCUCUUUGUGUGCUGGCUAGUCUCAGCUAAUGGUUGUUUAUACUCGGGUUUCACGGUGAAUAUGAGACCUUUUGACGACUUAGUAUCGUUUGUUGAUUGGCGACACUUCUAAAACAAGAAGAGAUGCAGAGUUACUAAUGUUUACGAGCAAGCUGUUAUGCCAAAUCUACAAUAACAACAGUAAAAAAAAAAAAAUAAGGAAGAAAGAAGUAAUUAGUGGCAUUGACACGUGUGUUUUGAAUCAAUUUGUUAUGUAUCAUUACUUGUGAGUACUACUAAGGUGCUCAGAUUUACAUUUUUUUUUCUUAUGCUUAAAAUUGACAAAGAGGUUACUUGACAGCUGUUGGUAGAAAUUUACCUUAAAGUGCCAUAACUGCAUGAUCCCCCUCUUCACUGAAGUCAAAUAUUUAUUUAUACUUAAAAGUCCUAGUACCCAUUUGUUACCAAAAUCAGCCUGACCUUCCAGGACCAACAUGAGUGGCCAAAGUCCAGUGGUGGAUAAAGGAAUGAACACGGUCCUGGUCUGUCAGGAAAGUUACGCCUGUGGAGGGUCAGAUGAGGCUGCCUUUGAAUGCGAUGAAUGUGGCAGCUUGCAAUGUUCCCGCUGUGAACUGGAGCUUCAUCGCCAGGAUCGUAUGAAGAAUCACGACCGGGUUCGGAUCUCACCGGGCCACGUUCCCUUCUGUGACUCCUGUAAGGGUGACAGCAGCUGCGCUAUCAGACUCAGAGCGGUGGUACGCUGCCAGGGUUGUAAGAUCAACCUGUGUUUGGAUUGCCAGAAACGCACUCAUGGUGGAGUCAACAAGAGGAAGCACCCUCUCACACCGUACCCCCCUGUCAAAGCUGCUCAGGAUAACAGUGUGACUGCUGGGGAGACUGAGAUGGAGAUGCUCAAGUCCAAACUGGAGCAAGUGUGCAGUUUCCUGUUAGUUGAUGACAAGGAAGAGAUGAAGGUGAAGGAUGAUGAGGACUUUAUUAACAGACUACACUGCAAACCAGAUGAGCUUCUGAAGGUGGUUUCCAUCUUUGGAAACACUGGAGAGGGGAAAUCCCACACCCUGAACCAUACUUUCUUUCUUGGACGAGAAGUGUUCAAGACCUCCCCCACCCAAGAGUCCUGCACUGUGGGCGUUUGGGCUGCUAUGGAUCCACUGCACAGGGUCGUAGUCAUUGAUACGGAGGGAUUGCUUGGGGCUGGAGCUAAUCAGGGUCAGCGGACACGACUUCUUCUCAAGGUCCUUGCUGUCUCUGAUGUGGUUAUCUACCGAACACAUGCUGACCGUCUCCAUGACGAUCUUUUUAAGUUCCUUGGCGAUGCAUCGGAUGCUUACUUGAAACAUUUCACAAAAGAGCUGAAGGCGACGACUACCCGCUGUGGUCUCGACGUUCCCUUGUCCACCUUGGGCCCUGGCGUGAUCAUCUUUCAUGAGACCGUCCACACCAAGCUCCUAGGAUCAGACAAACCAGCUGAUUCAGUUGAGCGUCUGAUUCAUGAGCGAUUCAGGAAACUGGGCCUGUUUCCAGAAGCUUUCAGCUCUAUACAGUAUCGUGGGACUCGAACCUACAACCCGCCGACGGACUUCAGUGGUUUGCUGCGCAGCCUUGAGCAGCAGCUGGAUAACAACACCACUCGUUCACCACGUUCUGCAAGUGUCAUUUUUAAGGCGCUACAGGCCCUGAGUGAGCGCUUCAGUGGAGAGAUUCCAGAUGAGCAUAUGACCAGUAACUCAUUCUUCCCAGAUGAGUACUUCACCUGCUCCAGCAUCUGCCUCAGCUGUGGGUCGGGCUGCAAGAGAAGCAUGAAUCACCUAAAAGAAGAACUCGACCAUGAGGCCAAACAUCGCUGCCGCUACUCUGCGCAGUACGACAACCGCAUUUAUACCUGCAAGGCCUGCUAUGAGGGGGGCAAGGAAGUAAUAGUGGUUCCCAAAACAACAGCCUCGUCGGACUCCCCGUGGUUUGGCUUGGCCAUCUACGCCUGGUCAGGAUACGUAAUUGAGUGUCCAAACUGUGCAGUGAUCUACAGAAGCAGACAGUACUGGUAUGGAAACCAAGACCCGGUGGAUUCGGUGGUUAGGACUGAGAUCCAGCACAUCUGGCCUGGGUCUGACGGCUUUUUGAAAGACAACAACAACGCUGCUCAGAGGUUGUUGGACGGAGUCAAAUACAUUUCUCAGUCUGUAUCUGAACUCAGCGUCAAACCAGCCAAAGCGGUCACUUCCUGGCUUACGGACCAGAUUGCUCCAUCCUACUGGACGCCCAACUCCCUUAUCUCGAAAUGUCAUAAAUGUGGUGAAGAAUUCCAAGCCAAUGACACCAAGCAUCACUGUCGUGCCUGUGGAGAGGGUUUCUGUGAUGCCUGCUCAGCGAAAACCCGGCCGGUCCCAGAGAGGGGCUGGGGUCUGGAUCCAGUCAGAGUCUGCGAUGCUUGUUUCCACGACAGGGGAAUCUCAACUGAGUUGCUGGACGCUGCCUUGGAGGAGGAGGGAGGCACCCUGAUAGCCAGAAAGGUUGGAGAGGCUGUUCAGAACACCUUUGGCGCUGUAGUGGGUGCCAUCGACAUACCUCUUGGGCUAGUGAAGGAUGCAGCUCGCCCGGCCUACUGGGUCCCAGAUCAGGACAUCCACUCCUGCUGCGAGUGCCAAAGGGAGUUCACGCCACGUCUCUCCAUCCACCACUGUCGGGCCUGUGGCCAGGGUGUGUGCGACGACUGCUCCCAGGAGCGCCGCCCUGUGCCGUCCCGCGGCUGGGACCACCCGGUGCGGGUUUGCAACAGCUGCAGCCAGAAGCCUGGGGAACUCUAGCAGGGCAGGAAGCAGAAGUCGGCGAGGGAUUGGCCUAAAACGCGAGCCAGUGGGAAUGACUGGAAUGGAGGAGAUUGUGAGCCCGGGUUAAAGGCUUCACUUCAGGUUGUGCGCUGCCUUUGUACUGUGGCAAAUUGAAAUCGUGUUCAUUACUUCUUAAUGCUGGCCAGUUAUCCUAUUUCACCUUUAUAUGCUUACAAUUUACACUGUGAAGAAUAUCAGUGAGAGUAAGCCUUGAGCUUUCUGAGGGGGCGAGAAAGAAACUCUGCAAUGGCGCUUAUAAUUGAUUUCGGGUGACUUCCACAUGUCCCUUCAGAUCCUUUAAAAUUUCCAUUUAUGCCCAUGAAUCCCUUAAUCUUUUGACAGGUUUACCAUGACACGGUUAUCAGCACAUUUUAUCAUUGAGAAUACCUUUUUAAAGCCAUUAGGAAGAAAAAUACUUAUAUAAUAGUGACUGUAGUUAUUACUUGCUGUAACAUGGUUUCUUCUGGAGUUUAGGAUCUGAUAAUCAAGACUGGCUUCAGAGGAAAAGAUGGAUUAUCCAACAUAUUUAGUUUUUAUACUUGUUAAAACCCCUGUACAGUAGUUGUCCCUGUCCUGCAGCUCUGCUUGUAGUUAAUUAUCCUCCCAGUCCUUUUAGUCAAGAGAUAUUUAUUAGAGCAAUCAGAAGCCACUGGCAUAUUGUAGCGUCAAGAUGCAUUCCAAAUAACGAUCUAGUAAUUACUACCUACAUUAUCCCUGUGUGGCGUUAUGCACAUGAAUGGGCCUACGACAUAAAGAACAGCCUUAAUAAUGUCGUCCAUGUUAAGCUUUGUGUAUUCCAUAGAAUAUACAGCACAUAUACUGUUUACUGAAACAGGGACAUUUUUAAAUUGCCUCAUUAUUUAAAUGUCAGAAGUUGUACUCGGAUGACCACAGCAGGAAUAAACACAACAGGGACUGCUUUUAUAGAGUGGCUGGCUCACAGUAGCAAUAUGGUACAAAAAAAUAAUAAAAAAACUUCAGUUUUGAGGCUGGCCCCUCAAAAUGGGAAAUAACUCAGAGUAAUGGUUUAACUCAGGCUGUGCAGCUGGUAAGUUUGGAGCUUUUGAUGAUCUGCAGCACCAAGUCAACACGGUUUGCUUGUUCUGAUUUGUUGCUUGUCAAAUAUCACUCUGAACAGCUGGGCAUUGACAGACUUGACUGAGGGUGUGUUUAAAGAAAUGGUAGACUUUGUUCUAGGUUUGGGAAUUAUCACUCUUUGCCAUCUCAGAGUGAAGUCAUCACUUAAUAUAGAUAUCACAGGGAACCAAUCAAUAACUUGUGUUCAUGUAUUGUCAUUUGUUAAGUAUUAAAAUGCAGAAUCCCUUAUGUGUGUGUCAUUUUUGGAAAGAAAUGUGAUGCAACUGAUGAAAAAUAUUUAUUAUAGUACAAUGAUUUAAUAGUUAAAAAUGUAAAUUACAAUAUACAAAUGCCUAAUUGUUCUCUAGUUCAGAUCAGCAACAUCCUGAAUCAGUCCCAUUGCUAAUAAUAAUCCUCAUCAUCAGUCAUAAGUGCACUUCUUGAAGAAUGCAGCACUUUCAUUUCAUGUUUGCAAACAAAUCUGUUGAAAAAUAACAUUCCCCUGAGAUUUAAACUUCACCUUUUCUAAGUAAUAUUUCCAGUCCAGGGUUACAAUCUAAGUUAUCAGUCUGUAAAUAAGCAGGUGCAGCUUGAACUCUGAAUAUCAAACAAUGCUGCAAUGCCUACAUUCUUUACGAAAAGAUAGACCAGGCCUCAUUCAGUGGAAAUAAAAGAUGCUGUAACACAAUUCAAGGCUGCAGCAACUGAUAAUGACAGACUA